AUGGACUAUGCUGUUAGCAACGAUUCUAUUGGAUUAGUCAUUUUAGGACAAUUAGGAACAGAAGUGCACGUUUACUCUCAGCGAUCGUCGACGCAACCGAUGGUAGAACAUUUGAGUUGGAACGGAACAUAUGAAAACAUUGCUACAUCACCAAAUCAGAUAUCAUCAUCAAUCGCAUUUGUUUAUUCAGCAUUAGAUAAACCACAAGAAGUUUAUUUUAUCGAAAAUCUUGAUCAAAUUAUAAAUGCUGAAAUAUUAACGACAGAGAACAGUUUGUUUCUAGAAACAGAUUUACCCCGUGGAAAACCGUAUCGGUGGAACUCGGAUGAUAAUAUAACUGUCGAAGGUAUGUUACAGUAUCCACCAGGUAAAUUUGAGCAGAAGAACUUGCCUUUAUUUGUCCUCAUUCAUGGUGGCCCCUAUAGCGCAGAUGGUAAUCGAUUUGAGGCUAGCUGGUACAUAUGGGCAACGGUAGCAGCUACCGAGGGAUGGUUGGUUUUGAUGCCAAAUUACAGGGGUUCAACCGGGUAUGGUGAUCACUUUUUGAGUCAAGUUAUUCACGAAAUUGUAUCACGACCAGGAAAAGAUAUUCUUGCAGGAGUUGAUUCACUUGUGCGAGAUGGUAUAGCUGAUCCAAACCACCUGACUAUAGGGGGUUAUAGUUACGGAGGUUAUUUGACUAACUGGUUGAUAACACAAACAACUCGUUUUAAAGCAGCUGUUACGGGCGCCGGUGCGGUGGAACAUAUAGCAAACUGGGGUAACGAUGAUGUGAGUCUAGUUGACGCUUAUUUUCUUGGUGGUUAUCCAUGGGAAGUACCUCAGCAGUAUCAUAGCGAAGCUGCAAUAUAUUAUGUCGAUAAAAUAGAAACACCAACGCACAUGAUUACCGGUGAUAAAGAUAUACGAGUGGCAGUAUUGGAAAGCUUCUUAUUUGAGCGUGCUCUGAACACUUUAAAUGUUCCAUGUAAAUUGUUGCUGUUUCCGGGAGAAGGACAUGAAUUAGAUAAAAACCCAUGGCAUGGAAAAAUCAAAGUUCGAGAAGAACUCAGAUGGUUGAAAAUGUAUGGAAAUAGAACAGUUUAG